AUGAACUGGCCAGUUUUCUACACUGUCCUGGUAGGGGUGAACAAGCACUCGACGGGCAUCGGGCGGAUCUGGCUGUCUGUUCUCUUCAUUUUCCGGAUCAUGGUGCUGGUCGUGGCCGCAGAGAGCGUCUGGGGCGAUGAAAAGACCGGCUUCACGUGCAACACUCAGCAGCCGGGUUGCAACAGUGUCUGCUACGAUCAGUUCUUCCCAAUCUCCCACAUCAGGCUUUGGGCCCUGCAGCUGAUAUUGGUCUCCACUCCCGCCCUACUAGUGGCCAUGCACGUUGCCCACAAGCACCAUGUGGAAAAAAAGAUCUUCCGGGUCAAGCAGCUGGCUGGAGAAGUUGGGGACAUGGACAUUGAGAAAGUGACUAAGCGCAGAAUGCACAUCACUGGGUCUCUCUGGUGGACCUACGUCAUCAGUAUCAUCUUCAGGGUGAUUUUCGAAGUCGCCUUCUUGUACAUCUUCUAUCUAAUCUACCCGGGCUUCAGGAUGAUCCGCUUGGUCAAGUGCGACGCCUUCCCUUGCCCCAAUACGGUGGACUGUUUUGUGUCCAGACCCACCGAAAAGACCAUCUUCACCAUCUUCAUGCUGGCGGUGUCGGGCGUUUGCGUGCUUCUGAAUAUAGCAGAGGUGGGCUACUUGAUCAUCAAGGCUUCAUCCAGGCACCGAAACAGCACCUCCAGGUGAGGCGAACCUCCAACCUCGUUCGUCACUCAGUAUUCUCAGUGUUACCUCAUCUACAUCAGUGAAGCCAAGCUCAGACUAAGCCAACCGUUUAGUAGUGUAAUUGUGCUCAGUCUGCAUUAGCCACCUUCGGCUCCCAGUUGCCAUUUCAACUCCCUUUCCUGUUUGUAUUCUGACCUGUUUACCCUUGGCCUUCUCCACAGCCUGAGUAGGGCCACACAUAAACCAGAAGAAUAACACCUCCUAUUCCAUCGAGGUAGUUUCGCAACCCUUAAGCCACAACCCCUUUCCAAUCCCACUCCACAAAAAUCAAUUACCAACUUUUGUUCCUCUCCCCUGCCAGAUUCCAUGUGCCUGUCUUCGCCAAACUUUACCUACUGUGUCUCCUUUCCCCUCCCCCAGCUGGUUCUAUCUGCCCAUCAUCCCUCCCUUCUCUGGUUUCACAUAUCACCUUCCUUACUUAUCAGAUCCCAGCAGCAGCAGCCUUUCGUCUCUACCUCCACCAA